UAAUGUCAGAUCACCUGUGAUUAUUCCUGUAACCAAGAUGGCAGCCUUGUACAGUUGAAAUUUUCCGCUAUGUUCAUCCGUCGGAAAUAUUCAAUUUAAAAGCCUGUUCUUCGAGUUUAAUCCCCAAUUUCGACUUCUGAGACAGCGAAUUAAAGGAAUUUAUACAGGAAUGGCAGCCGAAGGUCAAGCUGGUGACUUGCCAGAUGCCAAAGAAGAUUCGAAGGGAGUUACGGCUGCCGCUUCUGCCAGCGCCACCGUAAACAUGGUGAACGGGAGCGGCACCACCAAGAUGAAAUUUGGUGUGUUGAUUGGCCUAAUCGAAGUUGGGGAAAUUUCCAACAGGGAUGUAGUCGACACAGUGCUCAAUCUUCUUGUUGGAGGUGAGUUUGACCUGGAGUCCAACUAUGUCAUUGCAGAACCGGAGAAUGUCACCCAUCUCCUGGAGCUGAUUGACCACUGUGAUGAGAAAUUGCAGGCUGAGAUAUGGAGUAUGUUUGUAGCCAUCUUGAGAAAGAGUCUACUCAACCUGCAAGCGUGCACAGAAGUCAGUCUGAUCACCAAGUUGGUCAACAAGCUACAAUCAUGCAACGAAAUGCUCUCAGAUCUGCUGAUGGAGAUUCUUGGAGUUGUUGCCAGCUACAGCAUCUCGGUCAAGGAGCUCAAACUCAUCUUCAGCUUCUUGAAGGGAGACAAUGGACAGUGGCCGCAGUACUCUGUCAAACUCCUGCAAGUCCUGAAGCAGAUCCCUCGGAAACAUGGCCCAGACGUGUUCUUCAGCUUCUCGGGAAAGAAUGGAGCGGCAAUUGCAAUGCCUCCCAUGGCAAGAUGGCCAUACCAGAAUGGAUUUACGUUUACCACGUGGUUCCGUCUGGAUCCUGUCAACCCAUCCAUUGAGAAAGACAAGCCAUAUCUCUACUGUUUCCGGACAAGCAAAGGUAUCGGGUACUCUGGCCAUUUCAUGGGGUCUUGUCUGGUCAUCACAGCUGUCAAGAUCAAGGGCAAAGGGUUCCAACACUGCAUCAAGCAUGACUUUCAACCAAGGAAGUGGAACAUGGUGACAGUGGUGCAUGUGUACAACCGAUGGAGGACCAGUGAAAUCCGUUGCUAUGUCAACGGUGAGCUGGUGUCUGCUGGGGAGAUGCAGUGGCACGUGGCAGCUAGUGAUCCCUUCGACAAGUGUUUCUUGGGGUCAGCCCCAACAGCAGACAGAGAGAGGACCUUCUGUGGUCAGAUGUCCUCAGUCUAUCUCUUCAGCGAGGCUCUCUCAGCCCACCAGGUGCAUGCCAUGUACCUCCUCGGACCAAACUACAGGAGCCAUUUCAAGUUCCACUCAGAGAGUGAUGUCAGCCUGUCGGAGCACUACAAGAAGAUUCUCUAUGAUGGCAAGAUGACCAACAGCAUCGUGUUCCUGUACAGCCCGGCAGCCACCGAGUCCCAGCUCUGCUUAGAUUCCUCCCCAAAGGGCAAUGUUUCUUACUUUGUGCAUUCUCCCCACGCCCUCAUGGUCCAGGAUGUUCGAGCCAUUGUGACACAUUCCAUUCAUAGCACCUUGCAUUCAAUUGGCGGCAUCCACAUGAUAUUCCCCCUCUUCACCCAGCUGGAUUACAUCCAACCAGCCACCGAGGAGGGUCAAGAAGACCAAAUCAACCCUGACGUCUGCCCACUACUUCUACAUCUACUGUGUGACCUGCUCAAAGGCUCUAUGUCCACUCAACAGCAGAUGGUGCAAGGCAGAGGUUUUGUCAUCCUGGGAUACCUCCUUCAAAAAGCAUCAAUGAAGCACAUGACAGAGACAGCUCUGGAGCUCUUUCUGGAUCUUGCUAAGUAUUACAACACCGUACCAGCUGGUAUCCAGCUGCUGAGACACUUAGUGGACCACAUUCUGUUCAAUCCAGUGCUGUGGAUCCACACGCCAGUCAAGACCCAGAUAUCCCUCUACACAUUCCUGUCAAAUGAAUUUGUUGGUCAGUCCACCAUUUACACCAACAUCCGUCGUGUCAGCACGGUCCUGCAACUCAUGCACACCCUCAAGUAUUACUAUUGGAUCGUAAACCCAGAGGAUCGCAGCGGCAUUGUACCCAAGGGGCUCGAUGGUCCCCGGCCCAGCACGGAAGACCUGCUGUCACUGAGGGCACUCAUUCUGCGCAUCACCAAGCAGCUGAUUCUGAAGGAGAAAUCGGCCAAUGACGAGGAGCUGCAGAUCAUCCUCAACUAUCUCAUGACUAUCCAUGAGGAUGUAAACCUGAAGGAUGUUCUACAGUUGCUGCUGUCUCUCAUGGCAGAAAACUCCAAUGGGAUGGCUGUAGCAUUUGAUAGGAAGAAUGGCGUUAGGGUGAUCUACAAGCUACUUGCCUCCAGUGAUGAGAUUGUGCGUGCCAUGGCUGUCAAGGUUCUGGCCUUGUUUCUCAGCCGUCUCCCCCACAAGAGGAAGAUGGAUUUGAUGUACGCUCACAACCUGUACUCACUGUUGGGUGAGCGACUGUUACUCACAAGCAACUCACUUUCGAUGGUCAUGUACAACUGCUUAUUUGAGUUAUUGACAGAGCACGUCAGCCUGCAAGUAGCCACAGGGAGCCACAUCAAGCCAGACAAGACUUAUAAGGUCACGAACCCAGGUAUUUUCCAUGUGACCGCCCGCCUCCUACGCCAGUCAGCCCCCAGCGAGGCCACCAUGGAAGUCAAGAAACUCUUCCUGUCGGACAUGAUUCUGCUCUUCAAUCACAGCAGAGAAAACAGGAGGAUUCUCCUGCAGUGUUCCGUCUGGCAGGACUGGAUGAUCAACCUGGCGUACAUCUUUCCCAAGACGGAGGAGGAGAAGAAGGUGACCGAGAUGGUCUAUUCCUUGCUGCGCAUGCUACUGCAUCAUGCCAUGAAGUAUGAGUGGGGAGGCUGGAGGGUCUGGGUGGAUACACUGUCCAUCAUUCACUCCAAGGUCUCCUUUGAAGAGCACAAGCAAGAGCUCCUGAAGGCCUACAAUCAGUACCAGAACUCGCAGGGAGCCAACGGGAGUGGGGCACCAGCCAGCAUCUCGGCAGCCAUCAAUAAAGCUCAGCUGGAAAGCAUGUAUCCUGAGGACUCAGUUAGCCCACUGGCAGCCAUGACAGGUGGCUACGGGGAACAGGCAGGGGAGGGUCACGUUGCAGGGGGAGCAGAGGACAAGGAAGAAAGCAAACCUGCAACUGAACCUGAGCCAGAAGCUGCAGAGGACAAAUACAUUGUGAAAGAAGUCGUGGAAGACCUGAUCAGUGACGUCAUCAAGAUUGUUGAUGGGAAGAGCGCCCUCGAGGGACAAGAGGGAGAGAGGGAUGAGGCUGACGGCAGUGAAGAGACGUCGCUAGAUGCUGCGGCAACACCCAGCGAGGAGAAGUCACCGGAGGAGGAGUCCAACAAAGACAUUUCAGACCAAUCAGCCGUCAGCAUCGCCAGCUCAGAUUCCACAGCUACUAGCUCCACUGCCUCUCACCCUACCCCCCUUGCAGCCAGCCAGCUGCCCGGUGCCCAGGGAGGGGUUGCACCAGCAGCAGCAGCAGUGGUAGGAGCUGCGCCCCACCCCUCCACCGGACACCAGUGGUUACCUGCCGCCAAGCAACGACACCCAGACGAGGACCAGACCUCCUUGAGCAGGCAGGGCUCCAGGUUCUUCAGUCCUGGACCCCACCAGGCCCCCUACCGCAUCCCAGAGUUCUCCUGGUCGGGGAUGCACCAGCGCAUGAUGUCGGAUCUGCUGUUUGCCAUCGAGACAGAUAUUCAAGUGUGGCGGAGUAACAACACCAGGACAGUGAUAGACUACGUCAAUGCGGCAGAGAACACCAUCUUUGUUCAGAAUGUGACCCAGAUGGUGUCCCAGAUUAUGGACAACCUCAUCUACUCAGCCGGUGGCAUCCUGCCCAUGCUUUCCUCAGCAACGUCAAGGAGUCAUGAGCCUGAUGUGAUUGAGCCCACCCAGGGCCUCCCGCUAGAUGUUGGUAUCUCCUUCAUCAACCGCAUCAUGAACCUGGUGGACGUGUUGGUCUUUGCCAGCAACCAGAACUUUGGCGAGCUGGAGGUAGAGAAGAAUAUGCCACGAGGGGGCAUCCUACGCCAGUGUCUGCGACUCACUACCUUCUGUGCCAUCCGCAACGUCUUGGAGUGUCGAUUUCGGACUCAGCCCUCCCCAAGCUCCAGUCACAUCAGCCUGAGUACCCUCAGCGCAGCUGAGCCCACCAGCCCUACAGGCCGCCUCCAGACACUCAUUAAUGCCACCCAGCCAUCCACAAGGCCAAUUGGUUUAAAAGUAACGGCCGGCGCCCGGAAAAGGAACAUCGUGGAGAAUCUAGCUGGCCCCACUUCACCCAUCAAGGAUCUUGGCAGGCUGCUGCAAGACAUGGAUGUGCACCGACUCAGGGCAGUAGUCUACAGGGAUGUGGAGGAGAGCAAGCAAGCCCAGUUCCUAGCUCUUGCUAUUGUCUACUUCAUCUCAGUCCUGAUGGUGGCCCGAUACCGUGACAUCCUGGACAACGAGGUGGGUAGCUCCACCCCAUCCUCAGCCCGCUCUCGCCAGAACUCCCUCCGCCAGAAGCCCAGCCAUGCCUCCAGCAGCCAGUCCCUUGCCUCUGAGACCCCUUUGGAGAACCGCGGCACCCAGACAGUGCUGACACGGCUGGGGAAGAAGGCAGUUGCCAGGGAGAGGCCGGUCACCAAGGAAAUGGCACCAUCCAAGCCUCAGGCACAGAUUGUGAUGAAGAAAGAGGCAAAGAAUGUUGAGGAAAGUGGCCCAGCUGACACAACAGUAAAGAAGAUGGAGAAUGAUGUCUCUGAAACGAUUAACACACCCCAGAUGGAUACAAAGCCAACCCCCGUCGUCAAACCAGGCUCCCCUCCACAGAGGGAGAGUGAUGCAGUCCCUGAGAAAAUUGAAGAAGCACAGACUAUGGAUGAACAGACAGCUCCAAAGGACAGCCCUGAAAUGGAUAACAGGGUCGUUGAGGGUGAGGAACAGAAGGACGUGAAGGAGGCAGAGGAAGGUGGGGAACUACACAAGGAGAAGCGUAUCAUCCAAGAGGAGAUUGCAGAGGAUGCGAGCAUCGCCUCCAAGGAACCAGCCCAGGAGAAAGUUGAAGUGGAGAAGGAGUUAGCAGAGGAUGAGAAGUCGGAGAACAAUGCUAAGGAGAAAGCAUCCGAAGAGGAGAUGCCCUCUAAAGAGAAGGGUGGAGACACAGACGAAGAGACUGACACCAGGGCUGCUCAGAGAGAAUCCCCUGAUGGACAAGGCCGCGGUGAAGGGGAUGCUCCACCUACAUUCCAAGCCGUUGCACAAUUGAACGCCCGAGUGGUUGCAAACGGUAGUGCUCCGAGUGCAUCAGCCCAGUCCAGUCCAGAUGAGGCUGGGGCAGCAGGUGCUACGGAUGGUCCCCUGAAUACAGCCUCCAUUUCCUCCAUGAUCACUGCCUCAGAGAAAGUUGAGAAACGGCCUCUACAGACCUGGCCAUGGACUGCAACAGCUGAUGCAGAAACCCAGGAGAAUGAACAGAACGGUGGCCAGCCCAAACAGAGUGAGGACCCCGAGGAGCCCUACCCGGCCAUGCCAUUCCCCAUGGACCACUCGGUCCCACCUGCUGGCCGCAGCGAUGCUCCGUCUAACUCCGCUCGCCCCAAGAACCUGGAGCUGGACAGCAUGACAACGCAGAGCAUCAACUCAUUCAGUGACUGCUACCUGGGGGAGGGGACAGUGGAGGAGCGAUUGACCAAGGCCCUGGAGACUGCUGCUCCAUUGCUUAGGGAGAUUUUCAUUGACUUUGCCCCAUUCCUAUCUAAGACCCUGCUAGGCAGUCAUGGACAAGAGUUACUCAUUGAAGGUCUGGUGAGCAUGAAGUCCUCCAACUCGGUCAUUGAGCUGGUCAUGAUGCUGUGCUCCCAGGAAUGGCAGAACUCCAUCCAGAAGCACGCCGGCCUGGCCUUCAUCGAGCUGGUCAAUGAGGGCCGGAUUUACUCCCAUGCCACAAGGGACCACUUGUUGCGAGUAGCCAACGAGGCCGAGUUUAUCCUGAGCAGGCACCGGGCAGAAGACGUACAGAAACAUGCCGAGUUUGAGUCCAUGUGUGCCCAGUCGGCUAUGGAGUGCAAGGAGGAGGAGAAGAUGUGUGACCAUCUCAUCACGGCGGCUCGGAGGCGGGACCACAUCUUUGCCAACCAGCUGCUGCAGAAGACUAUCAACAUCCUGACCAAUAAGCAUGGAGCCUGGGGCAACGUCACUAACAAGCCGCGCGAGUUCUAUCGUGUAGACAUGUGGGAGGAUAACACUCGCCGUCAUCGCAGACUUAUCCGUAAUCCUCUGGGUUCCACUCAUCCCGAGGCUACACUCAUGGCCGCCAUUGAACAUGGCGAAGACGAGGAUGUGAUUGAGAAGGCCAAGGAGGCCUUGCAUGCCCAGCUGGCUGCAGGCAGACGGUUUGAUGCUCAAGCUGGCGAGUUUGAAGAGGAUAGCUCCAGCCUACAAGAUGACAAGGAUGUGGAGCUGGAAACAGAACUCGAAGGACCAGUUGUCUACAGCACAGCAGCCUCUCUCAUUGCACCAUGUGUGGUUGCCAAGGGCUCCCUGUCCAUCACAUCCUCUGAGAUGUACUUUGAGGUGGAUGAAGAUGACCCAGCCUACAAAGAAUUGGAUCCAAAGGUCUUGGCAUACACAGAGGGUCUCCAUGGACGAUGGCACUUCAACGACAUUCGAGCAGUAUUCUCCAGACGCUAUCUCCUGCAGAAUACUGCAGUGGAGAUAUUCCUGGCAAACAGGACAUCGGUGAUGUUCAAUCUGCCCAACAAGGCUACAGUCAAGAAAGUGGUUCAUGCCUUACCGAGAGUUGGCGUGGGUCUCAAGUACGGCAUUCCUCCCUCUAGGCGUGUGUCUUUGGCAACUCCCCGUCAACUCUUCAAGGCAUCCAACAUGACCCAAGCCUGGCAGAGAAGGGAGAUCACCAACUUUGAGUAUCUGAUGUACCUCAAUACAAUAGCUGGCCGUAGCUACAAUGAUCUGAACCAGUACCCAAUCUUCCCCUGGGUACUCACCAACUAUGAUGCGGAAGAGCUUGACCUGACCCUGCCCAGCAACUACAGAGAUCUUUCAAAGCCUGUAGGUGCACUAAAUCCAAGCAGACGAGCUUUCUUUCAGGAGCGCUAUGAGAACUGGGAGGAUGACAAAGUUCCGCCGUUCCACUUUGGCACCCACUACUCCACCAUGGCCUUCACACUGAACUGGCUUAUGAGAAUGGAGCCCUAUACCACUUACUUCUUGAACCUACAGGGAGGUAAAUUUGACCAUGCCUCGAGGAGCUUUGCCUCUGUCUACAUCUCCUGGAAGAACUGCCAGAGAGACACCUCAGAUGUCAAGGAGUUGAUUCCGGAGUUCUAUUACCUUCCUGAGAUGUUUAUAAAUAGCAACGACUACACGCUUGGAAAUAUGCCAGAUGAUGGAGCAGAAGUGGGUGAUGUUGUCCUCCCCAGGUGGGCCAAGACGGCAGAAGAGUUUGUCAGAAUAAACAGGCUGGCUCUGGAGUCAGAAUUUGUCUCCUGUCAAAUCCACCAAUGGAUCGAUCUGAUCUUUGGCUACAAGCAACGAGGGCCAGAGGCUGUGCGAGCCACCAACGUCUUCUACUACCUGACCUACGAGGGCAGCAUCAACUUGGAAACAAUUGAGGAUCCUGUCAUGAGAGAGGCUAUCGAGAACCAGAUUCGAAGCUUUGGCCAGACACCGGCCCAGCUCUUAACAGAGCCCCACCCUCCUCGUAGCUCAGCCAUGCAUUUAAGUCCCAUGAUGUAUUCUGACCAGCUCUCCCAAGAUGUUCUCAUGAUCAUCAAAUUCCUCUCCAACUCCCCUGUCAUUCAUGUCUCCGCCCACACCCACCCCAAUGUGCCCAUCCCUGCCAUCGUCACGGCGGCAGCCAAUCAGACCUUUGCAAUGAAUAAGUGGAACAACCAGGUAGCGACAGCAGGUAGGAAUGCAGGACAACCGGGUUCCCCUGGAUACUCAAUGGAUGCUGGCAAGAAUCUGCUGAUUGAGCUGGAUCCACUCAUCUUGUCAACAACGGGCAUGCACAGGCGGCAGAUAGUGGACACCAUGGAUUCCAAUGUCAAGGCCAAGUCAUCAUGUUAUGUUGUAACAGCUGAUAACCGCUACUUGAUGGCUUGUGGAUUCUGGGAUAAAAGCUUCCGAGUCUUUCUCACAGAUACAUGCAAAGUGACCCAGGUGGUGUAUGGUCACUGGGACAUGGUGACAUGCUUAGUGAGGUCAGAGUGCCCCGUUGGUGGGGACUGUUACAUUGUGUCAGGGUCUAGAGAUGCUACUCUACUGGUCUGGCAUUGGAGUGCCAAGGUGCAGUGGGUGCUUGGGGAGAACCAUGUCCUAGGUGAGAUGGCAACCCCCCGAGCAAUCCUGACAGGUCAUGAUACCGAGGUUGUGUGUGCUGCAGUGUGCACAGAGCUUGGCCUGGUUAUCAGUGGCUCAUUGGGGGGUGCUUGCCUGAUCCACACAGUCGCUGGUGACCUGCUACGAUCCCUAGACCCCCCUAACCCCAGUAUGUCACCCCGCCUGAUGUCCAUUGCAUCCGAGGAAGGGGUCAUCCUAGUGAACUUUGACAAAGGUCACGUGUGUUCCUACACCAUCAAUGGCAAGUUCCUGAAGUCUACAGAAGUGACUGGGACAGUCAAUGCAAUCCGGUUCAAGCAUGAGGGUGACUAUUUCCUGACAGGUGGGGACAAUCGUCAGGUUCAGGUGUGGCGGACCUUUGAUCACAAUCUGAUGUACUCAUUCCCACUGUGUGAUGCCUCUAUUCUUGCUAUAGACAUGGCUCAUGAACAACGACUGAAAAACCAUCAAGAUAGGACAAUCAUUGCAGGCAUGGCAACAGGCAGCAUUGUUGCAUUCAACGUCAAUUUCAGCAAGUGGCACCAUGAGUUCAGGGAUACCUACUAGAUGAGGGAGAGCCAUGGACAACUGUCCUGGUGCCCUCUAGAGGACAGUUUCAACAAGCCUGUAGCAUGAGGAUGUCUGAGAGCCACUAUGCAAAACUUAGGAAUAAAGCAUAUAGAACUUGUCAAUACACUUGUAAAAUCUGAGAGACAGUUGAAAUGAAGACUUUUUUCCACAGGCAGAGGCCUAAAUUCCAGGUUUAUGGAAGUGCUUGGAGGUAACAAAAUGGACUCCUUAUAAAGUUGGUUUUAACCGUCUACAGGGAAACUCAAAUUACCCAAAAGUGGAUUGUGAAAUUAAAUUUAACAUACCUAAGAAACUGAGAGUGUUAGUGGAUAAUACAUUUUGCUUGUAAGAAUGAGAAUUAUGAAGUUGAUUUAAUCUCAAGAAACGUGAAAUAUUUCUAACAAGGGGUCAUGUUAUGAAAUGAUGUGGAUUCAAAUUGCGCAGUUUUUAAGUCAGUUUUUGAUUGGGCUGGAUAAUCAUAUCAAGAAAAGAUGAGCAGAGGCUCAACCUUCCUUGCAAAUUUGAUUUGUGAAGUUGUAUGUUCUUGGCCUUGUUGGAUGAAACUGUUAAGUCAAAAUUAUUGGGGAAAAGAAAAAUAAGCUGCUUAACUUUAACUGAGCUGGAAAGUAUACAUCUAAUGGCAUUCUACCAUGGUAACCAGAGGCCACUUCUACAUAUUCUUUAAGACUUGGCAAGGCUAUGAAAAAUUGGCCCAUUGGGUCAAAUGUGUUGGGUUUGUCAAAUUCCAACAGGUGUGAUUGUACAAAUGUGUUAUGCACAUAAAUAUUGAUAGGAGUUUUUCUAUAUAAUAAGUGUAUGUACCACUGAGUGUGUAAUAUGGUAGAUAGAGCUCAAGAUACCUGGAAAUCAGUAGAAAAUUAUGCAAAAUGAAGGAAGAGUUACAAUUGUGCAAAUAACUAACUGUAAGGGCAACGUAGACAAACCUGACAACGGGUGGAGGGAACAUUUUUUGUAAAUAGUACAUCACUAUGAUUAUGCACAAUGUGAGUUCUAUUGAUGGGAUGGUAAGGUUUUUGUGUAAGACUUACAAUGCUGAAUUCUUUCAGUUCAGUUAGUAUCAACCCUUUACCACAUUAUUGUGACACUCCUACAUUUAUUUGCUUAAGUACCCCCCCAAAAAACACACACAUUCCACAUUGGUGUAGAAAACUUUUUUUUUUCAUAUUUUUUUGUAACUUGUAAAUCUGAUCUAGACAACAGUUUUUGGGAUAAUUAGAAUUAUACUGUCUUAAAGUCCAGCGUACAUUAAAUACACAAUUAACUUCUGUUUAAGUUAUGUAUUUGAAUGUUCAUGUUAUGAAUCUUACAGAAUGAAAUGCAAAAUUUAUUUUCAACAAAACCAAACCCAAAAUUAAUAAUGUAGACACAGUCUUGUUUGUACACAUGGGAGAACCAACUGAAAAAAAUGACAGUUUUUCAAAGAUAUUAAAAUAGUAAGUUAGAACAGUAGAUUUUGAUAAGUAGAUAUUUUUCUUUCCUUUUUUUAAGUUUUACCUAUGAAAGCAACGUUUGUAAUUGUGAAGUUUGCAAGUUGUCAAAAAUCUAUAUCUGAGGUUAACCAAACAUUCCAGUAGAGCCUGAAAGACAAAAGAUUGGUACACUGGUUCUGUCAAGGUUAAGACUGAAAUUGCGGAAAACGUCACUAUCACUCGCGCGUUAUCCCAACUUCUGCUUUUUUUGAUAGAUAGAAAGAAAUGUAUAAUUUGCACAGAAGUAAACUAUUUUGUCUAGUGGCGUCUAUGCAUUGCCUGCCAAAUUUUGAUUCUUUCUGACAAGUUUGUAUAGAAUCUUUAUUUUGAGCACUUGCAUCAGAUUUGUUUUAAAAAGAUGAAGUAUGUAAGAAGCACAUAUAACUUAUCAAUCAGUUGCUGUGGUAAAAUACUUCCUUCUAAACAACUUGCAAAAAGAUCGUAAGAGUGACAAAAAGCAAACAUUUUGGUGUUAGGAGAAGCCAAAUGUAAGGGGAAUUAAGUUCAUUUUGUUGCUUACUUGUUGAAUGGCAUAUUUGAUUGGUGAAAAUAUUUUGAUUUUGCAGGGUAUGUUGGGUAAAGUGAGGUUUUUGUGGAAAUGCAAUGUUUCACAAUUAUUUCUUGAACAUGUGAUUGCUGUUGCCAAGUUGAAUCACUUUGAUUCUGGCUUCACAUGCACAAAGUAGGAAAUUGUCAUUACCUGGAAUUGCAAAAGUUAUUGAAACAGCAGGGUAGUAUGACCCAAUGUAAAACAAGCCGCUUUGCCAAUAAUGCGUGUUGAUGGAAUGCAUUCCCAGUUACCAAUUUGGCUGCGGUGGUGGAAAUCAUAACAAUUCUUGCUUUUAAAACAUGGAAUUACAACUGAUUAUUUUCUAUAAAUUUGGAAUGAGUUUACAAUGUGUAUAUUUUGGUUCCCGUAUAAAUUGCUACAUGUAUUACUUUUAUUCCACCACUGCUCUUGUAUGCAUCAUCAUCAGAACAUUUGUCAUCAAAAAAUUAGAUAGUUGAGCAGUAAUUGCUGAAAUACCUGCAGGAGUUCACUAUCUUUGUUUUUAUGAGUAGCAUUUCUAAAAAGGCGUUUCUCACUUAAAAAACAUAACUGGAGAAUAAUGGGAGAAGUAGCUUUUUGGUGGGUAAACAAAGAGUUCUUGUGGUGAAAAAGUCACAACUUCAACUUUACCCUAAUCAUGUAUGCUGAAUGGAUUAUAGUACAACCUCUGGAAUAAUUUGUUGGAUUUCAUGUAUGGACUCUGUUAAGCUUAAAGCUGUUUUCCUUUGGAAUUUUUGUUAUUACACUGUGCAGUAUUUAUAUUAACAAUUCACUACUGCACAUAUUUCCAAAUAUCAGAUAUUAAGAAUGCAUUUCGUUCAGUCAAGACCAUAAGAAAAGUUGUGCAUACAUAUAUUAUGAGAUUAGGUUUUCAGGCUAAAGUGCAUCAAUUUGAAAACUUACAAGACUUCAAUAAUACUCAGAUAAUAGGAAAAAGGUGUGCACGAGAAAAUGGUGGUGGCAGUAGCUUCCUAAAAGUAAUUUUCCUGGAUGUUGUGUAAAGAUUAAAAAGGAAAAAGUUCUAAUUACAAUACACCUGUUAACAUUCAUGCUAAUCUUUAACAGGCAUGACAUGGUACCAACCAGUUUUGAUGAAUGGUUUUGAAUUUGCACUUUGUAACAUUUUAUUACACCGUUAUACUGCUGUAAUAUUGUAUUCAUGGCCUUAACAGAGCCACAGAAAUUGUAAACAAGGUCUAUGAUUAGGCAUUAAACUGGUUGGUGACAAAUUCACCACAGUGUACAUUGGGACAAA